CGCAAACGAAACAACUACUUGCGCGAGCUAUUCAUCAACAUUGACGCGUCAUACGCCGCCAACAGAGGGCAUUCUCUUGUCUAUGAUACCCUCGGUGCGGAACUGGCGAGGGUGAACGUGAACAUGCAUCAGAUCCCAGCAGCGGUACCCACGACAUCCAAGAUGCCGAGGUCCUGGUACGGCUGCUGAGACAUCCGCCUGCUAUGUAUAAGGCGACACCCGACUCGCUAUAUGGGCUCGCUUCAUUCCCCCGCAAAAACGCAUAUCGAUCUGGAAACUAUGGCCGAAGCAGCUGGAUUCACAUACCCUCCCACGCCUGUCGCCUGGCUCACGCGCGACCUGUUGGUGUUCGCCAACAGCAUCGGCAUCGAGAAGGACGAGCUCCAGUUCCUCUAUGAGCUGCAUCCUGACUUCGCCGCCUUCCCCACGUAUCCGAUCAUCCUCCCGUUCAAGCGCACGGACCAGGAGGUCAUCGACUUCUACAAGUGGAGCGCGGGCGGGCCGGCAAUCCCCGGAGUGCCGAAGCUGGAUCCCCGCAGGAUCGUCGACGGCCAGCGACAUAUCACCAUCCUAAAGAAUAUCCCGCCGACAUCUGCCGGAAAGGAGUUCGAGCUCCGUGCGAAGGUCGUCGGUGUGUACGACAAAGGCAAGGCCGGAACCGUGACCGAGGUCGAGAGCGAGCUGGUCGAGAAGAGCUCCGGAGAGGUGUACACACGCAUCGUGAGCUCGUCUUUCGCUGUUGGCCAGGGCGGCUGGGGCGGUCGAGCAGGACCAAAGACGGUGAAUUAUCCUCCCCCCGAGGGAAAGAGACCGGACGCAAGCUUUUCGCAAGCCACCAGCCCCUCACAAGCCCUGCUAUACCGUAUCAAUGGUGACUACAAUCCGCUUCAUGCCGAUCCUACCAUCGGCACAAAGAUGGGAUUCCCGGGCGCCAUCUUGCACGGCCUGUGCACAUGGAACAUCGCCGCGCAUGCGGUGCUAAAAACCUUCGGUGCCUCUGAAGCAGGCCGCCUGAAGUCGUUCCAGGCACGCUUUGCGUCGCCGGUAAUGCCCGGCGACAAGCUGAUCGUCGAUAUGUGGAUCACCGGCAACAAGGAGGCGGAUGGAAGUGAAGAGGUGAUCUUUGUGACACGAGUGGACGGUGGGAAGGUGGUAUUGUCGAACGGACGAGCGCUGCUGUCCAAGGUUGAAAAGUCUGUAUGUACUCUACUUGAUAUGCCGAAGAUUGCCGGAGGAGGGGAGGGAAGAACCUCAACGGAAUCAUCAGGAAUUCGAGUGCUUUUUUUCCUUUGAGUCUUUUUUUCAUGAAAAGUACUCUUGCUGUUCCUCCGGCACGCAACAACCGUGUGCACCGUGAUUCGCUUGGUUCGUCUGAUUGGCGAUAAGCUAUUUGUUUACUCUGCUUCUACAUAUCACGGAACGGGGCGAGCAGGCCCGGUUGUGCUUGCUUAUAUGCUUAAUCUCCAUUCGUCUAGACUGCGGACAUGGCCUAGAAGUGGUGCGGUCCCGUAGAGUGCUCUAGCAUAGAGUAGCAUCUAAAGCAUCGCGAGCUUCCGGCGCCUUCGCACAGCUUCUAAGGACCUCCGAAUCCAUUCGACGUGUCCAUUCCCUCAUGUACGGCAAUCAACCGUCAAGGCGAUAAAGCGAUGGCACCACUGGGAAAAGAAAACGCCGCAGAUGAUUUUCUCGUUUCUUCUUUUCUUUUCGAUGGUUCUUGAUGGGAUGGACAAACAAACCAUGACAGCUGCAGGCA